AUGAUCACCAUAAUAAUAAAACAAUAUCUAGUUCUAAUUAUUCAAUUCAGUAUAGGAUUAACUGCAUACAAUUAUGAACCAAAUCAUAAAGUGAAUUUUACAAAACCUAUAAUAACACAUUCACCUACUGAUGUAUUUUCAACAGACAGUAUACUUGAAUUCACAUGUCAAGCUAGUGGUUAUCCAAAACCUACCAUUGUAUGGUAUGAUGCAUCUACGGGUAAACAAGUAAUUGAUGAAGCGGCCAGUAGUGGAACAACUUCUGGUAUACAUGUUAAUCAACAUUAUGGUAAACUUUUAAUUUCAAAUCCUGAAAAAGGCAAGUUAUAUUCAUUUUAUUGUAAUGCUUCAAAUUCCGCUGGAUGGACAAUAAGUCAACCUCCAGUACAUGGUGGUUCAGUUUAUAUUAGUUCGAGAUUUCAACAAAUACCAAUAGAUAAAACAGUUCAUGAAGGGGAUAAAGUUGUACUGGAAUGUACUCCUCCAACAGGAUUACCUGAAGUUAAAGUUUACUGGUUGAAAAAUAAUCAUUUACUUAUUGCUCAAAAUGGAGUCAAACCUAGAAAUAAUACCUCUGUGAUCAAUGAAUUAGAGUCGAAUAAUAAUAAUGAAAUAUUAAUUGAUGGAAGUUUGAAAAUCAAUCCUGUCAGCAUCAAAGACAGUGGAACAUAUACAUGUGUAGCAGCGAAUAUAGCUGGUGAACAAGUUUCUCCUUCAGCCUAUCUGAUGGUGAAGCCACGUACUCAAUUCUUGGAAACUCCAGUUGAUAUAAGAGUCAAAAAAGGGCAUGACGUGAAGUUGAAAUGCCGAGUUGAAGGUAAUCAUGUUGUUAAAUGGAAACGAGGCCCUGGCGAAGAACCAAUAGAUCCGAAUCGAGCUGAAUUAACUGAAAGUUAUUUACUUAUCAAAAAUGUUCGAAUUUCAGAUGCUGGCACAUAUAUUUGCACUGCUCCUGGUGGUAUUGAAGCUGACGCAACAGUUACAGUGGAUACACCACCAGCAUUUUCUGUCACACCAGAUGAUCUGACGGUUAACGAAGGAGAAACUGCAAUAUUUCAUUGUAUAGCUGCUGGGCACCCGAUGCCAGCAAUUUACUGGGAGCUACCAGAUAAAACACCUAUUUUUCCCGGUGAUCAAACAAUAAAUGGAUUUCAUAAUGGUAAACAUUAUCUAACACCUGAAGGAAGUUUAGAAGUUCGAGAUGUUAGACAAAAAGAUUCUGGUAAAUAUCAAUGCACUGCACAUUCGUCAAUCGAUACAAUCCAUACAAGUGCUACAUUGCAUGUCAUUAACCUGUCCAAGAAAAAGGUGGAUUCAUCGAAAGAUACAUAUUCACCUUCGGAAAACCAACCAAGACAUUUUUAUUCGUCUGAUUUUCAUUGGCUAGCUCCUAUAAUAGGACUUCCACCUGCAAACCAGACACGAACUGUCGGUGAAUUGGUCACCUUAAAUUGUGAACUAGGAUUAAUUAGAGACUUUCCUGGAUCGUUAGCAUCAAAAUUUCCUUACUCAGAUCUAUCUGACUGGUCUAUUGGAUGGCAUAGGUCUACGCAAGAUGGUGUAACAAAAAAUAUAGACAUCUCCAACCUUCCGUAUGAUCGACGUUACACUUUACUUCCUCGAGGUAGCCUUCAGAUAUCAAAUGUGCGAACGGAAGAUUCCGGGAACUAUACUUGUUUUGCAAAAGCAGAUCUCAAAACUUACAUAGAUGGGAGUUUAGCGUCACUUACUUUACAAUCAAACUGGACCUCCUUCUUAGACAUUGUACCUGAUAUCUCACUAAUAACUCAAUCUCUAGGUGACCAAAGUACUCUUCCUCCUCCAGAAAAUCUAAGAGCUACUAAUGUAACGUCAUCAACUGUCAUAUUGGUCUGGGAUCCAUCGUUUCCUUCACUCCAUCCACAAGAAUUCACCCAAGGUAUACCAAUGAGUUCUCAUCAGAUUACCUAUUGGGUAGAACUUUACAGACCUGAUCGACCAACUGAUGGAUGGAUAGUGGUAGAAAAAAAUUGGCAUGCAAACACUGUACAGUUAGGAGGAUUACAACCAGAUACUGUUUAUUAUUUUUUAAUUAGACCCCGCUGGGAUCAAGGAACAGUAGGUUGGGCUAGUGCUCCUCUUGGUCCAGUUUUAACUUUAAAAGAACCAGCUGUAAACCAUCAAAUAAAUCAUUUAUCGGAUAGAGAAACUUUAGAAUCUUUUAAAGAUGUUGAAUUACAAUUGUUACACUUAUAUCCACUAUCGCCGAAAAGAGUAAGAGUAAGCUGGUCCAUUACAGAAGCUCCACAUAUACUAUCAAUGAUAACCGGUUAUUCUGUUUAUUAUAGAGAAAUCCCCCUAAUGAAAUGCAUUACAAACAAUCCUUCGGGUACUUACUCAGAUAUGACUGAAUCAUUGGCAAAGAAUGGAGAAAGAAUUUAUUGUAGCAUUAAAUCGACCACUUCCAUAGAUUCACAUUCUUUGUAUCGUCUUGAAACAAUGCAAACUUUACAACAAAAUUUCAAGAAUACUCAACAACAACAACAACAACAAGAAUUCAUGAAUUCAACAUCCAACACAUGGUUAAUGAGUGAUGUCAAAGUUCAAUAUCAAAAAGACGGCAAAUAUAAUGCCAUACAUAAUCUCUUAACAAUACAAGAAACUAGUCUUCUUCGUGAUCUUGAAGCAUUUCGAUGUUAUGAAGUCAAAAUUAAAGCCUACACAUCCAAACCAUUAAUUGAAAAGCAUGAAAGUCGAGAAAGUAAUACACUCCAAGUGUUAACUUAUGAAACAUUUCCAAGUUCUCCACCAGAAAGAAUAUUUGCUGUAUGGAUAUCGAAUAGUACCAUAGAACUUUCAUGGGAUCCACCAUCUGUAAUGAAUUGGAAUGGAUUAUUGAUUGGUUAUAUUAUUUAUGUUUAUGAUGAAGAUGCUAGUAAUCAUCAAAAUUUCAAUUUAUCUUAUAUUGAACAAAAAACAUUAAUUAAAGGAUUAACUGGUAAAACUACAUAUUUUGUUCAAAUGGCUGCAGUGACUUGUAAAGGUAUUGGUGUACGCAGUACACCAAUCCAAUUGAAACCUGAAUUACGUCAAAAAGGUUUAGGUGUUGGUUGGGGUUUCGAUGUCAGCACUGGUCAACUGUUGCAAUUUAUGAAUUUGGAUCGGAAAGAAGUGAAUAAACCCGGUGGUGAUGAGUUUAUUAUCAAUCAACCAUGGCUUAUUGUAACAAUCAUAUGUAGUUUGUUAGUAUGGUGUGCUACUGUAACGCUGAUAACAUUCUGUUGUAGACAUCAUCAACGUUAUAAGUUUAGAAAAUCUGCUGGUACUGUAUUGAUAGCUAAUAAUAAUAAUCAUUCACAAUGUGGCUCGUUAGCUGAUGGAUCUAACACUAUUUGUACAAGUAUAAAUAAUUCAAUGACUGAAAAUAAAAUUGCCAAAACUUCACAUUUGUCACAAAAAGAUCAUGUUCAAAUGGAACCGUUAUUACGAUCGGAAACACCGAAUACAGAUGGUGAGAAUUGUUUAGAAUCUGUUGAUAAAGGUAAAUACACAGGAUGGCGUCAAUAUCCAUCAACUACACAAAAUCAAAGUUUAUUUAAUAAUAAUAAUAAUGUGACAAAUAUUGUCAAUGAUGAAUAUAAUCAUACUAGUAAAAAUGCCGCUGAUACUCCUCAAUUUAAUUCAUUCAAUCCAAUUGUUGCAGAAUUAUCUCGUUCACCUUGUCUAUCGAAUGAAAUCAAUAAUACUGGACUGUAUGCUACCACAGAAAAUAUCACAAAUACCAUUACACAUCAUAAUCAGCAUCCACAUCAUGUUUCACAUAUUCCACAAACAAAUCAUGUUGUUUUCCAUGCGCCAAAUGGAUUAAUUAAUCCCGCUCUGAAUGAAUGUCAUUCACAUGCAUCCUAUUUAAGCUAUCAAUCUCAUUUAAUUCCACCAUCUCAAAUUGGCGCCAAUCUUCCAAAUGGAUAUCAUCAUCAUCAACAGCAGCAUCAUAGAGAUCAAUACUUUUCUCCGGUGACACGAAUUGGUCUAACCGGUUUACCUCUGAUAGCACCCGUCGCUCCAAUCAAUAGUUUACCACAUACCAAUCAAUCAAUGAUAUCGUCACAUUCAACAAUACAUGAUUGUAAUGGACCAGUGACAUCAUUGACAGUGGCACCUUAUGCAACUGCGUCAUUGAUUCACACAGCCAUGAAUGUGAAUAAUGCACAAAGGAAAAAUUGUACUUCCACAACAUUUUAUACACUAAACAAUGGGAUUUAUGAUGAUGAUCGUCAUAUUGGUACACCAAGUGAAUUAACUUAUGAAUUUGAUGAUAGUUUAACACCAUCUGUAUCUACUAGUAAUCCAAUCAAUGUACCUAUGAAUUAUUCCAAGUCAUGCAUGAAUUAUACAACAAAUGCUUGCUGUCGAACAAAUAAUAAUACUAAAAAGGUAGAAAAUGACAUUCUAUCACAAUUUUCACCUUCAGGACAAUAUGAUCUCGGGGAAUUGUUACAGAGGCAAGAUAUUCGAAGUAAAUCGAAUUCAGCCACAUCGAGUAGUUUAACAAAUGAUGAUGAGAAAAAAUCUUCUAGAUGGAAAACAAAACCAACUAUAGAUUUGUUAACAAAUGAAUUGAGCGGGAAUUCAGGUAAUUUACCGAUAAGUAAUAAUAGCUGUUUGAAACAGACAGAUGUCAAGACAAUGACAAUUGUAACAACCACAACAUCAUCAUCGCAGCAUCAUCCAAAUGCAUUCACGCGCAAAUCGGAAACAACUGAAGGGAAUUGUUUUUCUUAUGAAGAUAAAUCAUCAUUAAUACCACCACCGCCAAAAUCACCACCUCCUCCAGCGCCAAGUUCUAAUCAUCAUCAUCAUCAUCAUCAUGAGAUUCAUGAUAAUGAGAAUAAUCAUGGUGAACAGCAUGAAUUGACAGUGGAAUACUCAUCUUCAUCCCUGUCAUCUUUAAACCAUACACCACAUUCAUCUGUUCCAAUGUCGAAUGAACACAAACCAAUGCCACAUUUGUUAAAUACAAAUAAUCCUAACACAAACAUACAAUGUUUACAAUUAAAUAAUAAUCCUAUUAAUAAUAAUAACAGUAAUAAAUCUUCUGUAAAUGCAGAAAAUAUAUACUACUCAAAUUUUUGUAGUAGUGAUGAUGAACAAGAAAAUGAACAAAUCGAUAAUAAAAAAUUUGAAUUAGAAAAUCUAAUAAAUUCUAACAAAAAAUCCACUACAAUAAUGGAUAAUUUACAUUCACAAAUUAAUUAUUCGAAUCAUUAUCAACAACAACCAAUGAAUUCAAUAUUGAAUUCAACAUUUUCCAUAGAUAAUAAUAAACAUGGAUUUAUUCAAAGACCAAUGUUGUUAAUAAAUGAACAUCAAUUACCAAAUCCUAUAACAUCAUCCUCUUCAUCAUUUUGUAAUUCAUUAAGUCCACCGGAAGAACAUUCAAGUUCAACUUAUGCUCAAGUGUAUUGAAAAAUAAAACAAUUGUGAAAACAUUGUACAUUGAACAACAAUAUUAAUAAAAACAAGAAAUAAAUGUUUUCUGAUCAACUCAAGGUCAACCAUCUUUUUCUCGAAUAUUCUCCGUUUGUCUUUUGAUUUAUUUAUUGUUUUCA